AUAAGUCACUCUCAACCCCUUUCUCUUGCUUGCCGUCCUUACAGCAUCCGAGGAAGUUUGCCAAAAAUGAGUAAGCUCCAGAGUGAAGCCGUGAGAGAGGCGAUCUCCUCCAUGAUCACUCACUGCAAGGAGACAAAGCCACGCAAGUUCACCGAGACCAUCGAGCUCCAGAUUGGUCUCAAGAACUACGACCCACAAAAGGACAAACGGUUCAGCGGUUCCGUCAAGUUGCCUCACAUCCCAAGGCCUAAGAUGAAGAUCUGCAUGCUCGGUGAUGCCCAGCACGUUGAAGAGGCUGAGAAGAUUGGGUUGGAGUCUAUGGAUGUGGAAGCGCUUAAGAAGCUGAACAAGAACAAGAAACUUGUCAAGAAGCUAGCGAAGAAGUUCCACGCUUUCCUUGCUUCUGAAUCUGUUAUUAAGCAGAUUCCUCGUCUUCUUGGUCCUGGUCUCAACAAGGCAGGAAAGUUCCCAACUCUUGUGAGCCACCAAGAGUCUUUGGAAGCCAAAGUGAAUGAGACCAAGGCAACUGUGAAGUUCCAGCUCAAGAAGGUUCUUUGCAUGGGUGUCGCUGUUGGUAACCUUGACAUGGAGGAGAAGCAGAUCUUUCAGAAUGUUCAGAUGAGUGUCAACUUCCUUGUUUCACUUCUGAAGAAGAACUGGCAAAAUGUGAGGUGUUUGUACUUGAAGAGUACAAUGGGUCCACCAAACCGUGUGUUCUAAGCUUAUUAUUAUCUUAGAGUUUCUCUAAAGAUAUCAUCAUCUUCAAGGCUGAGAAUAGAUUUGAUUUUCAUUUCUGUUGUGAGCCUUCUCUACUUCUUGGAUUAAUUUCAGAAUCCUUUUUUGGUAGGAUCAUUUUCUUCAAAGACAAUUUUGUUUCUUUUUUUGCUAUUAUAUGAUUAGUUGUCUUUUUUCAUUUAA